UUUAUAAGAUUAAAUAAAUACAAAGAUUCGAUAUGUGUCAGUUUGACACAUUGUACUAAUUCCGUUAUGAAUAGCAGAAAGUGCAUGUAGUGAAUGACAGACUUGGAUGAACUUGUAGGUCGGUAUCUAUAAGAGUUUUAAACAACAAAACAUUGAUUAGAAUUGAUGCCAACAAUAUGGAAACUACUGAUCAAGAUACUCGUGAUGAUUAUUACUUAGAACUGUCUUCCGAUCCAAUUAGAUUUGAAUCGGUUAGCUGUCAGACGAAUGUCUUUUUUGACGACUCAAAGCAACAGGUGUUUGCUGUUCGAUCAGGAGGUAUCACGGGUGUAUUAGUUAAAGGACCAAAUCAAAAUCUAAGUUUCCGAAUGGAAGAUAAAGGUCCAGUGAUCUCUAUUAAAUUCUCUCCUAAUAUGAAUAUAUUAGCGGUGCAACAUAAUAAUUCUUCGGUCGAAUUUAUAAAUUAUUCAUCAAUUACUGGAUUAGAUAACAUUGAAUAUUCACAGUCGUGUAAAGGAAAGAAUGCUACCAUAUUGGGAUUUGUUUGGACGCAUGGAAAUGAAAUACUGUUUGUUACGGAUUAUGGUGUUGAGUUGUUUCAGGUUAAUUCAGAGAAACACAAUGUCAGACUUUUGAAAUGUUUAAGUUUAGGUGUCAAUUGGUUUGUAUUCUGCCCACAGAGUUAUUUAGUAUUAUUAUCAUCAGGCACUAUAGGAAAUCAAAUGCAAACAUUACAUAUAACACCUGGAAAUCUUCAUAAAUUAACUAAAUUUGAGGUGGAAGUUGGUGCAGCCAAACCAGGGAAAUUGGCUGUCUAUGAGAGAGAUAUAGCAUUGACAGUUCUAUAUGGGACACCUUGUAUUAUUUUGCUACGUCAUCAACCAGGUACUAAUCGUUCUACUGGGGCUGCUUCUGUACAUGUAUAUACUGUGCACAAAAUGACAACAAUCAAAAGAAGUCAUGUUUUAAAACUUGAUGUCAGUGGUAAAUUUGCUAUUAAUGUUGUAGAUAAUCUUAUUAUUGUUCAUCAUCAAACCACAAAAACUUCUAUGAUUUUUGAUAUCAUGUUACCUGGUGUAAGCGAUGGUACUGUAAUGCAUCAUACCAGCGUGGCACCAGUGAAGUCAAUCAAACCAUAUAGUUUAAAAGUUCCAGGAACAACUUUGUCAAAUGAAAUGUAUCAGCCUUGUCAACUGUAUUCGCCAAAUUGGGUUGUUUUUCAACCAAACAUAAUAAUUGAUGCAAAAUUAGGUUGCCUCUGGUAUAUUGAAUUAAAAUUGGAAUCUUUGGUGAAACUUAUCACAGACAAAGUAUUACUAGUCGAAUUUUUAAUGCAACGAACAAAUACAAAGUAUAUUUUGAUACACAUAUUACAAAAUUUUAUGAUGCAAUUGCCUAUUAGUUUAAUGGAUAUGCCAAUUAUAUUCAAUAAGUUGAAUUCCGUUUAUAGAAAUUACCUUGAAAAUAAAAUACAAAAUCAGAUGGGUACUCCAUUGCAAAGUAAUACGAAAAGCCCAAACACAGUAAUAGAAAAUUACAAAUAUAAAUUGGUGCUUGAUCAAAGUGAUGUAUACAGUUAUAUAUUAUCAAAAUUUCCUGAAAAUACUAUUGAACCAAAAAUGAUUGUAUGGGUUCUUUUAGAAUAUAUCAGAUCAUUAACAGAACAUAGUAUACCUGUGGAACAUUAUUUACACGAAUUAGUUAUUACGACAUUAGUCCAACGUAAAGCAUACUACCAACUUCACCAAUUGCUACAAUACCAUGUAGUUGCCGAUUCAAAACCCUUGGCUUGUCUAUUGCUCUCUUUAGAAAAUCUAUAUCCAGCUGCACAUCAACUUGCACUGGAUAUGCUGAAACGUUUAGGAAAUGCUCAUGAAGAAAUAAUUGAAGUUCUUUUAUCGAAAGGAUACAUUUUACCAGCGUUACGUUAUAUUCGAUCAGUUGGGAUGGUGGAUCAAAUAUCUGACAGAAAAUUUCUGGAAGCAGCAAAAGCAACUGAGGAUGCAACGCUUUUUUAUUCGGUUUUCAAAUUUUUUAAACAGCGUAAUUUGUAUUUAUAUAAUGCUACAAGCUUUACAAAAGGGGAACGCUAUCAGCCUUACAUUCAACAUUACAAGUAUUUAUUCGAAGGAACUGAUAAUACUUGUAAUUCAGACACAAAUUCCAAUGUUACUACAAUUUCAUCGUAAAUUCUUCUUCCUUUCUCUUUUUUAAUUUAAAUUUAUUGUAACAUGAAAUAACAUCGAAUAUAUGUAUUUAAAAAUUACAAUAUCUUACAAUUAGAAUAUUGUUUAACUGUUUCCAUAUUUAUUCAUUUUGUAUAUUUUUGUUUGUAAAAUAGUUUGUAUUAUAAAUACAUAUAUACACCCACUCACAUGUAAUUACAUUUAUAUAUAUGAUACUUAUAACAUUUUGUGCAAUUAAUACAGUCUGUUUAAAAAUUGUAUAUUUAGUAUUUAUAUUUCAUAUUUUUUGCAAAUGCGUUUACAAUAGUGUGCGUUUACAAUAGUAAAUAGACUGCGGAAUUUUAUGCAUUUAUGGGAAAUUUGAAAGUAUAAAAAUGCUUACAAUAAAUAAAAUGUACAAAAAAGAAAUAUUCAAAAUGUAGUAUUUUCUAUAGCAUUUUAUAGUAUAAUUUUUACAAAAUAAUUUUGAACCAAAGUUCAAGUAUUUAAAUUAUACUCCUUAAAAUAUAAACUGCAUAAAAAUUCGCAGUCUAGCGUAAAAUUAUUUAUUUUUUAAUCCGUAUCGUUACAAUAUUUUUGUUUGAAAAACAUAUGUACAGUAUAUGACUCAUGGAUUACAAUAUGCAUAGUUAGAUGUAUAUAUGUUUCAGUUUAAAAUUUAACAUUUAA